AAUUUACCCCAUCCAAGCCUCAUCACCCCAGAUUCUCACACAGUUUAUAUUAAGCAGUUCGCAUGUCGAUUCAGAACCUUCAAACUUAUGGUAAUGUCUUGUUAGAGGAGCUUUUUUUUUCAGUUUAUAAUCUGUUGUGAGCGAUGAUUAUUUUGUUGCGUUGAGACCUUUUCAAUUUGCUCUCUUUCGCAAUCAUAGAUCCUUUUUCGGAUGCUAAUAAGGGACUGCGCGAAACAUCAUUACAAGAUACGCCUAUUCACAUCCGCAUACAACAGCGAAACGGAAGAAAGACUUUAACUACAGUGCAGGGAAUUCAUGAUGGCUAUGACAAGAAAAAGCUUGUGAAAGCUUUCAAAAAG